CAAUAAGGCGAUUUGUUUUAAGUUAAUCUGCCAGUUUCAAAAUCAGGAGGAAGAAAGCAGCACGAAAUAAUGUCAAUUAAAUGGAAAUAUCGGUGUUUUUGAUAAAUUAUUGUUUUUAAUGCCAGAUUAUUCCACGCAACAUUAAAAUGCCAUGUGCAUAAUGUGAAUACUCAUAUGGCGUUUUGUUUAGACAUUAAGUUCAUCUAGAAUUGUCAAUGGAUUAAAACAACGAGCUAGUUAAGUAAGAAAAGCAUAAGGAAAAUGAAGUUGUCUCCGACUGUUGUUUUGUUUAUAAUCACACAUUUCCCCCGGAACAUUCUGGGAGAUAAUUUAAUGGGCCGGUGCAGAGGAAAAAUGGGUAUAUAUGACAAACAGUACUUCAACAAGAAUUCAUGCGCGUGGUGCUACUUUUUUCUUUUCCAAGGAAACAACUUCAUUCCAACAUAUAGCGAUUAUUUAACUGUUCUUAAAAACGGUUCAACAUACCCGGUUGGUACUCAGUUAAUUGCAGAUCCGUAUAACAGUACAACAAGACAAAGUGUUUGCUCAACAUUACAAGGAGACGAAUGUGACAUGUGGACACAUUGUUGCAAUGCAGCACGUGCUUGUUGUGAUAAACAAUUACAAGAACAUUAUCGAACAGACAAUACGUCGUGUCCUGUCACAUGGGACGGUUAUGCGUGCUGGGAUGGGGGAACUGCUGGACUGAAUAGUUACUUAAAUUGUCCAAACUACCUGAGAUUCUCAAUUCCUACAAAAAUGGCUUUGAAAACCUGCCGUGCGAAUGGUACAUGGUUCACUAAAGAUGGACUUGAAUGGACAGAUUAUACGUCUUGUCUGAGUUACAAGGAUAUACGGGUCACUAUAUUUAUCAGUGUAGGCUGUCAGGUUGCAAGUUUACUUCUACUGGUUCCAUCGCUCAUCAUCUUCUUCAAGUAUAAAAAUCUAAGACGACAGCACAGAAUACGAAUACAUAUCAACUUUUUCAUAUCAUUUAUUAUGAGUAAUACACUCGGCAUUAUGUGGAACCUGUUGGUGACCUAUGACAAGAUUACCAAUGUGCAAGUGAUGGACACAUUAAUGAAUAGAAAUACGGCAAGCUGUAAAUUGUUGUCGUUUUUGAAGCUCUAUUUUGCAAGUACAAAUUACUCUUGGAUGUUUUGUGAGGGAUUUUACCUCUACAGAUUGAUAUCCAACGCUUUUUCUCCUCCAAAGCGGCUCCUGUUUCUCUAUUUAGCAGGCUGGGGGAUUCCCUUUAUAUAUUGUGGCACAUACGCAGUCAUCAGGAUAGCAACAGCUAACAAAAGCUGCUGGGCCAUUGGUCUUGGAGACAAAGAAUGGAUUAUAUACGCGCCAAACCUGGCAUGCCUUAUGGUCAACGUAUUUUUCUUGUGUAGUAUUCUUCGCAUUUUGCUUACACAGCUUCAAGCACAUCCAAACGAACCAAGUCAUUUCCGUCGUGCCUUGAAAGCAACUUUUGUUCUGAUACCACUAUUCGGUGUUCAACUGGCUGUUACUAUAUAUAGACAGGCUCUUGUUUCGCAAGAAGCAGUUCACUAUGAGAGAUUUUCAGAAAUUGUUAUAAAUUCACAGGGACUUAUUGUGGCUCUGAUAUUUUGCUUUUUCAACGGAGAGGUUGCAUCACAAAUUAUGAGAUCUUGGCGACGUUUCCAUUGGCAAGGGUUGUCCAGUUCAAAAAGACUGAACGCAACCCUAAGUCUUCAUUUCAACAACUCAUUAACGCAAAGAACAGAAAAUGUUCAUUCGAGGAGAAACAGUUUAGAGCCUUGUAUAAGUGAUGGUCAGAUUGCUUCAACACCAGUUUCAAAGGAAUCUCAACCGUUGUGAAUAAAUUUACAAAACUUUUGAAAAAAAAGUUGAUCUGUUGUGUACUAGUUUGGAUAUUCACGACCAAAAAACAGGAAAAUACUGGAAUCAGCUCCGUUCCGAUAAUAGAACGUGUCGCGUGGUGCGCGGACUUUAGAAAUCCUUGGGUUUAAUAGGAAAUCGAUUUGUCAGCAUCUCCCAUAAUCUUAUCACUAUCGAGCAGUAUUCUAAAGUAACCAAAUUAAUGUUCUUGGCCAUUGUGCUUUGUAUUGCGACAAAACAGAUUCAUUAACUGCGACUUUUAAUAAUGUUAUGAUUUAAAGAAUGUUGGAAAACCCGGAAUUGGUGUGUUGAUGGAAAUAAAUGUGUAACUAAAUGACUAUUUUUUUAACAUAUCUCUCAAAUAUCGUCCUGUGCUUCGUGUCGAAUUAUUUCAUCGAUGUGUUUAGAUGUAAUUUGUAAUUGUUCUUGUAUAAUAGUGUAAAUUGUUUUUGUGUAAAUUUUGUAUUUCGCUUCCUUGUAAAUAUUAACACAAAAUGAAAAGAGGUCCGAUUAGUUUGCAUGGUUUUGUUGUUUUAAUGUCACAUCGACACGAUAUAGGUCAUGUAAUGAAUUUAUAUCUUUUAUGAUGGAGGUAGAACCCACAUGCACUGGCGGGCAUUAUUUCAGGCAUGGAUGGAGAACUGGAUAGAACCGCCAAUCUGGGUAGCUUUUUCACUUGAAAGAACUGGACACGCCAAGCGUGGUUUCGAACAUACAGCGGUGAGGAACAAGUGAUUCGAAGUCAGCCGCCAAGGAGGCCCCUAGAUAAAAGUAGAUAUGACAUUCUGCGAACAAAGUAGUAAUGGUGUUACUGUAUUUGUAUGAUAUUUAACGAUUAGCUGAAGAUAUGAGAUAUCAAUAUAGCCAUGGAUUAAGGUUUACCAUUUAAAAUUGCUUAAAUGUUUUAGAAUAGGUUUUCAUUUUCUUCAUAAUUGUUUACGUUUCAAAACCUCUGAAUAAAUUUGAUAUAUCUGUU